AUGAGAAAGAUAUUCCAAUACGAAGACGAGGAGAUGUCGCUUCGGGCAGCGAUCGCGCAAAGGGGACCUCGGCAAGGGGCCAAGGGACCCCGGCCGCCCACCUCCCCGCCCCCAGAAAUCGACCCGAACGUCCCCAGUGGGUCGGGAUUCAUGACCAGAUCGGUGAGGACCGAUUCUGGAAGCAGUUUGGGAAGUUCGGAUUCGAGUUUGAAAUACGGUAAUUUUUUGAAAUUUUUUAUGAAAACAUUUAUGAUUUCUGAAUUUUUCGAUAAAAAACGCAAAAUUCCAUAAUAAUUUUUCAUAAAUCUCGCUAUAAUAGCCACCCAUGAAAAUUCUAGGCACAAAAAAUUUAUCAAAUUUUUGCAAAACUUUUAAUUGAUUUUCACCAAAAAAAUGGUCUAAAUUUGCUCUAAAUAAUAUAAUUUCCCCUUUCAGACCGUCAUUCCAUAUCGCCCACAGUCAUCGACACCUCCCUCAAUGGCCAGAACCCCUUCAACAAUGUCCCUUGGCACGUGAUGUAUUCGAUUUUCCAGAACCUGGAACUCCGCGAUCGAAUCCGCGCUUCCAUGGUCUGCAAACGCUGGAAUUCCCUGCUCACUGAUGGAAGAUUUCCACUCGACGAUUUGUCGGUGAUGAAUAUCUUCGAAUACGAAAUUUUGAACGAAAAAAUGGAGAAAAAUAUUCAGAGUGGUGGAAAGUGAGUUCAUUCUUUUUUAAAACUUUUAUGCGAAAACGAUGACAAUAAGGUCCCUAUUUGGUGCUUACACCAAAAUCGACCGUUUUUACGAUCGUAUCACUUGAUUUGUAUUAUUUUUACGAUCAGAAUUUGGAAUUUUUCCAUUUUGAAUCAAAUUUUAAAAGAAUUUUUGUCGCACUGAAUAAUAAAUAAAUAAAAAAGGCACUUUUUCAGAGUUGAAUUUGUCCAACUAUCCGAAAUCGACGAUCUACGGAGCAUAUUCUUGCAUUGCGAUGCUCCUUACGCCGUCAAAAUUUGGUUUAGCCGGCUGGAUUUCCUGGAACAAGUUUUGGGUAAGCAACGCUAUUUGUUUUGGCCCUUUCCAUAUUAUUUUAGGCAAAUUUAGUCAUCUAAUAACCAAAACUAAGGUCGAAUUUUAUUUUUCUCAGGAGAAUCUAUCAAAUCCGUCUUCACCACACAUUUAUUUUGCCUAAAAUUUGAUUUUUAACCCAUUUUUGACGUGUAACGUGAUGACUUUUAUUACUUUACCCUUUUCAGAAAAGCUCUCCGACUGUAACGUGAAGUUCAAAUCGCUGGACAUCUACCCCUACCAAGAGUACAUUGGUCUCAGCCUAGUCCAUGAAUAUCUCCCCGACCUAAAAUGCAUUGGAAUGAGACCCCACUCCAAGGAUCAUUUCUUCACGGGAAUGCCCUUAGGGCAUUUCCCAAAAUUCCGAGGCCUCUCCAGUCUGACCUUGGACAGCUUCUAUCUGGACGAAAAGGCCGAAUUCCCGGCUGGAUUGACCACUUUGGACUGGCAAUCGAGGACGGAAACCACGAUCAGCGAGUUCCUGGAACGCCUAAAACCUCUGAAAAAGCUGAAUCGCCUCAUAAUGUCGCAUAAUCAUUACUCGGCUCUCAAUUUUCUCAAACUUCUCGAGGCGAUUGGAGCUUGGAACAUGCCGAAUCUCCAAUAUUUGGCCUUCAAAUUGGCCACAUUUCAUCUGGACGGAAGAAUAAGGGCUCACUUUGUGAAAAUGAACAACAUCCUGAGGAGUCUGAGGCUGCUGCGCAUGGAAUUGUGCUAUGGAGAGGUCAUGAACUUCUUGAACAUCAUGCUCGAGUUGACUGGGUGAGAGAUUUCGACACUUUUUUUCUUGAUUUUUAGAAAAAAAUAUUUAGGACGACAUUUUAUACGAUGAAACACGUUUUAGCGAUGAAUUGUCGGUGGUUUCGUUGACGAUUCUCCCUCGUCGGCCUGAAUUCCCGCUAUAUCGAAUAUUUGAAAUGUCCUCGGAGUUCGCUCGACGUGGAAUUAGCCUUCAUUUGGGGAUCAUGCAGCCAAGUUCGGAUAAAGAGAAAAAAGAAAAUAAUGAUCAAGACGAAUAUCUGGUGGAAGAGGUUCAUGCGAUGGGAGGAUUCUACAACUCAUUCUCCAAGGUUCUGAGUGUCUUGGAUGUGAGUUUCUUGACGGACGAAGGGUUGUUGACCAAUCUUUUGACUCCAUCUACAUUUCCAAAUCUGACGGAAGUCAAAUUCAUCGAAUGUGACGCCGUUACCGAUCCGAUCCUCUUCAAAUUGGCUAUGGUAAGUGGGACUGGGCUUACUUAUAAAGCUUAGAUUACAACACAGCAAUCUGAAGGGUUUCUUUGACUCUUUUUAUUGUUCCAGAGCUGUCCGAAUCUCCAACGACUGAGCCUUCUGUCGUGCCAUGUCUGUACGAAUGCCGGGAUACGACAAUUUGUCGAAUUUUUCCACUCUCGCAAAUCAGAAUCGUUAAAAAUUAACUGGCAGAAAGACCAGGAACAUGAUGGGAGGUCGGCUGUAACCGAUUUUUAUAUGGAUUUGGCGUCAAACCAUCGAAGUCUUUUGGACGAUUUGUCUAUGAAAAGUUACCGGAAACAGUUUAGAGUCCGAGUUGGGGAGCAAAUAGUCAUCUGGAACGAACAAAAGACACUUUACAUCCAGGUGAGGCCAUUGAUAAUAUAAUUUUUUAACGUUUCUUGACUGAGAAUUAUACUGUAGUUGAUGAUUUUGAUUUUUUCUUGCAGGAUUUUGAUAGCUACGACAAGAACAGAUUCCUGGGGAUCGUGUCGCCCCCCUUUAAUGUCAUCGAAGACUCAGAUUCCUCCGAAGAAGCGAUUCGUUUUGUCGCGGAAAAAACAGAAUUAGGGAAGUCGUUGGAUAGCACCCUUAGAUUGUAA